CGGCUAAUCCAAACAUCGACCAAUCAGCUCUCAAUAUUCUCAUCCUUGUAUCCUCUAUGUAGCUAGCUUGUAGCGUGGGGUUAACACUGUGCUGCAUAGGGCCUUUACUUACGAAGACUAUUGGGAAUAACACAAAAUAUGGUUGGAAAACAUGAAGCAGGGAAGCCCAAAGGGCGAAUGUCAUCCUAUGCAUUCUUUGUACAAACGAUCAGAGAGGAACACAAGAAGGCUCAUCCAGGGGAAAAAGUUGUGUUUGCAGAAUUCACAAAAAAGUGUGCAGAGAAAUGGAAGACAAUGUCAGCCCAUGAGAAGAUGAGGUUUGAAGACAUGGCUCAGAAGGAUAAGGUGCGGUAUGAUGCUCAGAUGAGAACUUAUGUACCUCCUAAGGGCGAGAAGAAGAGUAGAAAGAGGACAAAAGACCCUAAUGCACCUAAGCGGUCAUUGUCUGCAUUCUUUUUCUUCUGUGCUGAUGAGAGGGGAAAAGUGAAGGCAAAGAACCCCAAUUGGACUGUAGCAGAUGUGGCCAAGGAUCUGGGUAAACAGUGGGAAAAGUGUCCCAACCGACCCUUCUAUGAACAGAAAGCAAUUGCAGACAAGAAAAGAUAUGAAAUUCAAUCUGAACAGUACAAACAGGGAAAGACUUUCACAGAGGUCAACCUAGAGCAACUGAUGCCAGCUAAGAAAGCCAAAGCUGCAGUUCCUCAAGCCGCAGCCCAAGAGGAGGAAGAUGAUGAUGACGAUGAGGAGGAUGAUGAUGAAGAGGAGGAUGAUGACGAUGAGGAGGAAGAGGAGGAUGAUGAUGAAUAGACUUUUAUUUAAAAAGACUUGUGUGAAUGAAAGAAGACAUUGCCAUCAUUUUUGUUGGAAAUUUAUUGAGAUUCCUGAUGUUGGAUCAUAUGGGCUAGUUUUCCCUAUGAUGGAGAAACAUUUUUGAUUUCAAGAUUUACGCUGACAACAUGCAAGUCUUGUGGGUUAUGAGAGUACAAGAACUGUUCAUGUUUGGUCAUGUAAGUGAAAACUGUCUUGUCAUCAUAGCACGGAAAACUUUCUUUAGACAAAUUUUGUCUGCUAAAGGUGUCAUGUUUCAGCUUAGAGAAGUGCAGGAUUGCAAAUAUAUAUGUUACAUGGGAUGUAUGUAAAAAUCAUGACAUUGAUAUAAUAUUUGUUCUGUUGUAAAUAUUUUUAAGGCAUAUGUUUUAGUUGUAUCAUGUGGAGUAACUCUGCAAGCACUACAUUUUAAAUAGUCCCCAUUUCUGUACAAACUUAAACAGAAGUUUUAUCAUGCUAUACACUUUUGAAGUCACUGGUCUUGUUUAACUGAAUAUUUGUUCUUGGCUCACAGUGUCUGUGAGCUUUUACCAUGGUGCUGCAUCCAUCCACCAUAGAUCAACUAAUAUACAACUUUGAAAAACUCGGGAAGCAUAGGUAAUAUAUUUUUGUCAGUAACUUGUUAGGAUAUGAAAUUUGGUCACAGAUUAUGUGGUGCAGUUGCAAUUGGUCACAUAUAAAAUUUGUUGGCAUAUGGAAAAUUAUUUUGACCUUAUUUCAGGUUGCAAAUAAAAUGGAUGAUUUUUUCAGAAAAUAUGUUUGAAAUAGUUUUAUUUGGCCUGUAGCUACUUGGCAUAACAUAUCAAUCAAAUUCAUUUUGUUAAUCAAUCAAAUUCAUUUUGUUAGCUUGAUUCUAAAUAAGUUAAUUAAAAUAUGACCGAGAAUGAAGGUCUUCAAUAUGAGAUGUCUGAUGAUUGUUGACUGUAUUGAGUAGCAAGUGAAUGAUUAAGCCCUUUGGGUCUCUGUUCAGGGAAACCUAAUAAAUUCGGGCAUUUGUGAAUUAAAUUGGUGUUCUCAGAACACUUUUAUUGUUGAUUAAAUUAUAAUAUGGAUUUUUUUUUGUUAUAUAUUUUCCUGUUAAAAAUUGUUUAACUUCAAGAGUGAAAUAAGUGUUUUACAAAACUAGAUUUUAAUGUGAUUAUAAAAGCAUUUUCGGGGUUUAUGCAUCCUUCAACUUUUAUCCAAAUGAAUUAAACAAAUCUUGGUUCAAGUCUUUUAUAUAAUGAUACCAAUUUUUGGGUCCUUUCUUCUCCAAUAGCUGGUGUCUUUAAAUUUGUUGUAUUAAACUCUUCAGUGCUUCUGUCAUAUUCAUGUGUAAAUACAUUCAUCAUUCUCCACAUUGGCGAUGAAUAUUGUUGUAGAACUUUUUUUCAAUCAUAAAUAAAAUAAAAUGUUGAAA